GCUUCAAGAGGAUACAGGAAGGAGCGGAAACAGCGUCGAUACUGAGUGCCGACCACGGGACAAUAGGAUUCGUUAAAGUGAAAAUGCCACUGGCGUUGCAGUUGCAGCUUGUGGCUCUAGCCACGCCUCCGCCCCACUAAAGGUCUAGGCCCCUGACACACAGUCAGAGGCGGAGGCGUCCAACGGCAACGGCAAAGGGAAAAAUGGCCGCUAGCCGAGGAAAUGCAACAGCAACAUCGGGAGCAACAUCAGGAGCAACAUCAGGAGCAACAUCGGGAGGAGCAGCAGCAGCAGCGGAAACAGCAGCAACCACAACGGGCACAGACACCGGGCGAGCGUUGAUGAACCACCUGCUGAACCGUUCGGCGGAUGGGAACCGCAGCGAUGCCGUCGCUAAGGAUGGGUUGGUACUGGGGGAAGAUGGCGUCGGGAUCGGAGCCCCCCCGACGCCAACGACCGGUUACCUGCCGCUGUACGAGGACGAGACGCAGACGGCGGCGGAGGAUGACGGCUACGGCCUAAUCGACGACAUCAGCGACUGGCUCCUCAGCUCCGCCAGCGCCGAGAACGCCACGUCAACGUCCACGUCCACGUCGACGGCAGCAGCGAUGGCAACGAAAAUGGGAAUCGGUGCGGGUGCGGGUGCGGGUACGGGUGCGGGUACGGACACAGCCACCUCGAGCACCAAUGAUACCCUGGGUUGGCUGAGCCUCGAUCUGGGCGAAGCGCUCAACAGCACGCUGCCCAGUCGGGCCAACUCCAGCAUGGUGGACGAGGCGGAGGAGGAGGCGCCCGGCGACGGCCUCUACGCGCUGCGCAACUUUGUGGAGCAGCAGUUGGCCGGCGGGGAGGCCGGCACCGGGGCCGGGGCCGGGGAUGAGGCGGACAUUGCGCUGAUCGACAGCGGGGAGGAGGCGGCCCUUGACAACGUGGCCGAUGCGGAAACGGACUACGGUCUGUUGGGCGGCUUCGGUGAUGUCGAGCUGCUACAGCGGACGGCUACGAUGGCCAAGGCGACGAUCAGGAAUCGCACGGCGGCGGCAGUGUCGAGCGGUGGUGGAGGAGGAAGUGGUGGUGCUGGUGCUGGCGGUGGUGGCAGCUCAUUUAUGCUGCUACUGGAGAACUUUAACGAAUACUUUCCCAACUACAAUGGCAGCACGGUUUCGGGCACAACAAUAACAUCGGCGGCCGCAGCAACAACACCGAGCAGCGGCAGCGCCGGCGGCAGCGGCGGCAUCCUGAUGGAACAGAACCUCACGGGCCUGUUCCUGGACACCUAUCGGAUGAACUGUACCAACGAGACGUCGCUGAACCUCACGUCAGAAUCGUGUGGCGAGCUGAGAAUUGUGGACCACAACUAUUGGGCACUCAUCUUGAUACUGUUUCCCAUCCUGACCCUCUUCGGCAACAUCCUGGUCAUAUUGUCCGUGUGCCGCGAGCGAUCGCUGCAGACAGUCACGAAUUAUUUUAUAGUUUCUUUAGCCAUUGCCGAUCUACUGGUCGCCGUGGUAGUGAUGCCAUUUGCUGUUUACUUUCUGGUAAAUGGGGCCUGGGCAUUGCCUGAUGUUGUUUGUGAUUUCUAUAUAGCCAUGGAUGUGAUAUGCUCUACUUCAUCGAUAUUCAACUUAGUUGCCAUCUCCAUAGACAGAUACAUCGCUGUGACGCAGCCAAUAAAGUACGCCAAGCACAAAAACAGUCGCCGCGUUUGCCUUACGAUACUGCUGGUGUGGGCCAUAUCGGCUGCCAUCGGCUCGCCGAUAGUUCUUGGGCUGAACAACACGCCGAAUCGCGAGCCGGAUGUGUGCGCCUUCUACAAUGCCGACUUUAUACUAUACUCGUCGCUGAGCAGCUUCUACAUACCUUGCAUCAUCAUGGUGUUCCUCUACUGGAACAUAUUCAAGGCCCUGCGUAGUCGUGCCAGAAAACAGAGGGCGGCCCGUAAGCCGCACCUCUCGGAGCUGACGGGCGGCAGCGUCAUCGAGAACAUUGCCCAGACGAGACGACUGGCGGAGACGGCACUCGACAGCAGUCGCCAUGCCAGCCGGAUCAUGCCGGACGAGCCAGCCACCAACACGGCCAGCGGUUCCAACGAGGAGGAGGACGAGAAUGCCAUCUCACCGGACAUUGACGACUGUCAUGUCAUUGUGAACGACAAGUCCACCGAGUUCAUGCUGGCGACCGUCGUCGAGGAGACCGGCAACAGCGUUGUGGCUCAGAUCAGCACACAGCCACAGCUGGUGGUUGCCGAUCCGAAUGGUAAUCAUGAUUCUGGUUAUGCAGCCUCAAACGUUGACGAUGUCCUUGCAGGCGUGGGCGUGGCCACGGGCCCGGCCGGCAUCGCCGCAGCGGUGAGCAGCGCCACGCCCCCAGACAGCCCCCUGCCCAGCGGCGCCACGCUGCAGCGUUCGAGUGUCAGCAGCAGGCGCAACACGGCCGAGGAUUCUCCGAAGCGCGGCGAGCCAGCACUCAGCGUCGCCAUGAAACCAUUGUCCUUUGUCCGUUACGGAGUGCAGGAGGCCAUGACUUUGGCACGCAACGACUCAACGCUAUCGACCACAUCGAAAACGUCCUCGCGCAAGGAUAAGAAAAACUCGCAGGCGUCAAGAUUCACGAUAUACAAGGUGCACAAGGCCUCGAAAAAGAAACGCGAAAAAUCGUGCAAAAAGGAACGCAAGGCCACAAAAACAUUGGCCAUCGUUUUGGGUGUCUUCCUGUUUUGCUGGCUGCCAUUCUUCACCUGCAACAUCAUGGACGCCAUGUGCGCCAAAUUUAAUAAAGACUGCCGACCGGGUCUCACGGCCUACAUGAUGACCACCUGGCUGGGCUACAUCAACAGCUUUGUCAAUCCGGUGAUCUAUACGAUAUUCAAUCCAGAGUUUCGCAAGGCCUUCAAGAAGAUCAUGCAUAUGGGGUGAUUGAAAACGUCAAGCAGAAGGACACCAGCAACAGCAGCAGCAACAACAGAAGCAGCAGCACUCACAACAAAAAUAGCAAUAGAAAGAAAGCAGAAACUGGACUAAACUGUAUUUAAUCGAAGGUGUAAGCAGUAGUUGGGGGUAGUAAUGAAGCGAUGGAUGAAUGGAU